UACUCGGCAGCCACUACAACCAACCUGUCUUUCCACAUCCCCUCCCCCCCCUCCUCCCAACCCCCACCCCGCCAAUCCUCCUCCUUUCUCCGCCACAUCCCACGUCGGCGAUCUGAAGCCAUCGCCACCGCACAAACAUCUCCGGUUUCCAGCUAAAAUCUCGGUGCUUAUUAAUUGGCUGUCGGCUGUGUGGAUAUAUAUUGGGAAAGCGAGGGGGGUGGUGGAGGUGGCCAAAGUGGGUGGAGGCUACAAUGAGAUUGUUAAGGUCAAGCUCAAGUUCAUCAAAGGAGCAGUACAAUGGAGAGAAAACUCGGGCUUUGUUGUAUCUUAAUGUAUAUGAUCUCACACCUGUAAACAACUAUCUCUAUUGGUUCGGCCUCGGAGUGUUUCAUUCUGGUAUAGAAGUACAUGGUCUAGAGUAUGGGUAUGGAGCCCACGACUAUCCAACUAGUGGGGUUUUUGAGGUGGAGCCACGUAGUUGUCCAGGUUUUGUGUUUAGACGUGCAGUACUCCUGGGCAGCACAGACAUGUCUCGAUCAGAAGUUCGGUCAUUUAUGGAACAUAUUUCAGAAAAAUAUCAUGGGGACAGUUAUCAUUUGAUUGCCAAGAACUGCAACCAUUUUGCCGAUGAAGUCUGUUCACGUCUCACGGGAAAGCCAAUUCCUGGAUGGGUGAAUCGACUGGCCCGAGUAGUUUCAGGCUCAUUCUGCAAUUGCAUUUUACCAGAAGCUAUUCAAGUUACAAGAAUUAGACAUCUGCCUGAUCAUCAAGCCUUUUCAGAAGAUGGGACAGAUUCUGGUGGGUCAUCUGUAUUGGCGGACAGCGAGGAGGAAGACUCUGAUCAUCAGUUAUUAACUGUAGCAAAUAGUGAUAUGGCGUUUCUGAAUGAAAAACCAGUGAGAUUAGCAAAAGAGCUUCUUUAAUUGAAACUCAACUUUCUUUCUUUCUUUCUUCUUCUUCACCUUUUUUUUAUUUUAAAAAAAACGUUCCUCUUACCACCAAUUCAUCUAAGCUCCUGGUUCGAGUGUUGUUGUUUGUAUUAGUAUAUGUGUCUGCGGGGGUGUGUGGUUUCUCAAGUGUAUCUAGUUAACCUGUCCUCUAAAUACAUUAUUGUAUUGUUCAAUAUACAUUGAGCUGUGUAUCCAGGUGUGUAUUUACAUAUAACAGUCGACUUAUGAUUCCAUUGAAUUGCUUUCCCCUGC